AUGGCGACGCCGGCAAACAAUCACAGUUUGGUGGUCAAUGGAGGAACUGGGGGUGAUCUCGUCUACCAUGAGAAGAUAAAUUCUGAUCCCGAGCGUUUGAAGUUCGCAUACUGGGUACCUAAUGUGUCAGGCGGACUUGUUAUCUCCAGGAUCCCACAACGAACAGAUUGGAGUCUCGAUGCGAAUAUAGCGUAUGCUCGUACUGCUGAGCAGGUCGGGUUUGAAUAUGCCCUAUCACAAAUCCGCUUCAUGGCAGGAUACGGGGCAGAUCAUCAGCAUGAGUCUGUCUCGUUCUCACAAGCUCUUCUUCACUUCACCUCCAAACUCAAUGUUAUCGCUGCUUUGCUACCGGGGCCAUGGAACCCGGCGAUAGCGGCGAAGCAAAUUGCAAGUAUUGAUCAAUAUUCCAACGGACGUAUCUCGGUCAAUAUUGUCUCCGGGUGGUUUAAGGCGGAGUUCCUCAGUAUUGGACAAUGGUGGCUGGACCAUGCGGAAAGAUAUCGACGAAGCCGCGAAUUUAUUCAAUGCCUGAAAGGCAUAUGGACUGAGGACAAGUUCACGUUUAAGGGUGAUUUCUAUCAAUUUCACGACUAUCCUCUCCAUCCAAAGCCAGUAGUGCGAGAAGGGCGUUCUCAUCCCGAGAUCUUUCAAGGUGGUAACUCCAUUGACGCUCGUGAAAAUGCCGCUACUGUGUCCGACUACUAUUUCAUGAAUGGUAAUACCCUCGAGGGAUUCCAGUCCCAAAUUAAAGAUGUCCGUGAGCGGGCCGAACGCGAGCGCCGUCUGAAAGAUGUCAAGUUCGCACUCAACGGCUUCGUCAUUGCGCGUGAGACCGAAGAAGAGGCUAUUAGAGUAUUAGAAGAGAUUCAGGGUAAAGCGAACAAGGAAGCAGUCGAAGGAUUCCGAGAUCAAGUGCAGAACGCCGGUGCCAGUACGUCAAACAAGACUGGUAUGUGGGCAAAUUCAAAAUUUGAGGAUCUGGUGCAGUAUAAUGAUGGAUUCAAGACCAAAUUGAUAGGGACGCCAGAGCAGAUCAGUGAGAGGAUUUUACUGUUGAAGAGCUUAGGGGUGGACAUCUUGUUAGUGGCUUUCUUGCAUUAUGAUGAGGAGAUACAGCAGUUUGGAGAUCAGGUACUGUCACUAGUGAGGAAGAAAGAGGCAGAAGGAAGAGGGAAAGAUGAGCAGUACGAGAUUGGCUUGACAGGUGAUGUGUAUCGAGAAAAGAAGACUGUCGACACCACAACCGAAUAA